CGCACAGUCUUUUCCUGUCUGAUACCUACAGUCUCCAAUCGAUGUGGGACAGGUACCUGCCUGCACGUUAGUAAUUCACAAUGGGCACCUUCCAAAGGACCAACAGAAGAUAGUUCAGCCUUGAAGCAAGCGGUGGACGCACAGCUUUGAUUUGAAUUGUUCACUUUCGUUUACCAGGUUUUAAUGCAGGCCAGAAUUAUUAGCUGUUUGUGUUAGCAGUGAAGACUCGCCUGCCGAAUCCUGAGAGCUGACUGACACUUCAUGUUACAAUGAAAACCACCAGAAAAUGUAGAGCCUUGUUGGCGGUGGGGUUAAACUUGGUGGCUCUCCUUUUCUCUACAACUGCUUUCAUUACAACGUACUGGUGCGAAGGGACUCAGAAAGUGCCCAAACCAAACUGCAACAAAGAAGCGAAAUCAAACUGUAUCAACUUUAACGGCAACGGAACGGCGAACAGCUCCAGUUCCAACCUGGUCCAUUACAGCUGGGAUACUGGGGACGACAGGUUUUUCUUUCGCUACUUCCACACAGGAAUUUGGUACUCUUGUGAAGAAAAUAUAAACGGCGUUGGUGAAAAGUGCCGGAAUUUCAUUGAUCUGACUCCUGCGUCUGAGAGAAGUGUUCUUUGGCUGGCACUUAUCUCUGAAGUUUUAUAUAUCGUGCUCUUAGUUGUUGGUUUCAGCCUGAUGUGCCUGGAACUCUUUCACUCAAGCAACAUGAUAGACGGCCUCAAGCUCAAUGCAUUUGCUGCUGUCUUCACUGUUCUGUCAGGACUUCUAGGGAUGGUGGCCCAUGUGAUGUACACGCAAGUGUUCCAGGUGACAGUGAGUCUUGGGCCUGAGGAAUGGAGACCACAUACCUGGGACUAUGGGUGGUCAUUCUGUCUCGCAUGGGGAUCCUUCACCUGCUGCAUGGCAGCCUCUGUCACCACGCUGAACUCCUACACAAAAACUGUCAUCGAGUUCAGGCAUAAGCGCAAGCUGUACGAGCAGAGCCUUAGGGAAGAGCAGAUGUUCAUCGACCGCGAGGCCAUCAACUAUUUCCGAGAAAGGUCACUCCAGUCAAUUUCCAGCUCAGUCGAAGUCUUUGCGGAUCCUGUCACAAAUACGAGUAAAUCACUGAUGCCAGCGACGUCGAUGGACUUGAGGGAGAUCCCGGAGAUACUGGGCGAGGACCAGUGUUAAACUCUUAUCUGAUGCUGUGGCCUGGGAGACAAUAUGUUCACAGUAAACUCCCACAUGUAGACUGAAUAAGCAUAUAACAAUUAGAAUGCACUAUCCCUUUUGUCAGUGUACAUCAGCUGUUUUGAUGUUUAAAAUGAUUUGAUGAAUGGGAAAUAAUAAGACAAUAUAUUGAUGUAUAGAAUGCUUACAAUAACAUUUUUAUAUUUUUAAUAAGGCUAUGUAAUAUAUUAUUCUAAUGUGAUAUUAUUUAUUUUCAACCAAAUGUAUCAAUAUAUGUUCCAAAACCUAAUCAUAUGCUUUUAAUGUACAUCA